AUGUCCGGUCACUAUGGGGCGAGGCCUUCGCAAUCCGGCCGGUCACGUCAAGCGCCUGGAGGAGAGUCGCCGGGAUCGGAGCUCGCUGCGCGGAUGCUGAGCCAAAAGAGGCCGCGGCCAUCAGCUUCCACGGCGAUGGCUUUGAGGCGACAAGCGGAGACCUCUGGUUCGAAACCCCACGGCGGGCAUGAUCCAUUGCCCGACGUAAGCGUACGAGUUCGCUUUAUCACUGGGCACAGCGGUGGCGGUGGCGGUCUUCAACAGCUGCCGAGGGCCCUAACCUACGGUCCUCCUGCAGCGCUGACACCUCUGCCGCUUCACGAGACCGCCCUUGUGCCACUAAAGCCGGUCUGGGGGCCCCGCUGCAUGCCCGGAAACGCACCGGCGCUGCCCAUGCUGGAGCCUCCGGUUUCUGAGGCUCCCAAGGUGGUGAAGGCCACGUGGAUCGAAGUGGCAGACACCGCAGACAUCCUGAAGGAGGGUUGGCCUGCCAUGGCCCCAGCUGUGGUCUACGACGCUGCAGCGAAGGAUCUCCUAUGCUCUGCUUCGUACUUGGUUUACGAGCUGGCGGGUGCUGCGAUGGAUUCCAUGACAUUGUCUCACGACUGGGAGUGGACUGAAUUCCCAGACAUCGCCGCAGCCCUGCGGCGGGCAGGGACGAUCGAGUAUCCGUACGCCCUCGCCACCGUCUCCUUGGCGAACGACAAGCAGAAGUGGGCCGUAGGCAUUGCCACGAACGGGAAGCAUCGGCAGCAUGCAGCGAAGCUGGCGCUGGCAGUCGCCUUGGCCGCCGACGCGCCAUCCCUCCGGGAUAGCAUCACCAACCACCCGGGAUUCCGCGAGCUUCUGGAGGCUUCUGGAAUCUACACCGGGGACACGCUCACGCCCCCGGCAGAUGCAAUCGAACUGAUGGGUACCGAACGGAGGUCCAAGAAGCGGCGCCGUGCGGCCCUGAAUGACAGGGAGUCUGUGCUGCCCCCGAAGAUGCCUUUGGGGUCUGCGGCUGGGAAGGCCUUCCAUGACUGGCACUACAAGACCAUCCUUUGUAGAGACUUUCAGCAGGACUUCGCCUGUCCGAGGGGUGAGGAUUGCUACUACGCCCACGGGAAGGAGGAGCUGAGGCGGCCGGGGGAGGGCAGCCGAGAGACGAUGCCACGGAACGGGCAGACCAAGGCAGGCGAGGCCCCACACCUAAGCCUCAAGAACGAACCGCAGGAGGCCCCUUGGCGAGACCGUGCAAAGAUGGAAGAAGAUGCGCCAUCAAUGUGCACUGGCCGAGUUCUUCAGAGCGCACUCCGGGGCAUCAAAGAGGAAACGGAGGCGCCGAACGUGAGGAGUGAGAAAUCACUCUGGAUAGAGCUGGAUCCCCUGGAGGACGCGCCGGCAGAGCUCGAAGGCCUUCCGCUGGAGGGCUUGGCCUUGUGGUUGCAGCCAACCACAGCCAACUCAAGGAGGGCGAAUUCAUUGUCCAAUCAAGCAGAUCAGAUCCUGUCGAACAUCCUAGCCGACGAGGUGAAGGAGCUUCAGCUUGUGGACGAUGCAGAUUGGAAGAAUCUACCUGCCGUUGGCGCCGCGCUGAAGCGGAGAACGCAGACGGAGGAGUGCAUGACCGUGGCGAUCUCACCGACGCGAUCGCUUUGGGCGGUUGGCGUCGGCAUGAAAGGUCGCCAAAGGUGGCUUGCGGCAAAGCUCGCCCUGGCAGCGUCUGUUGCAUUGCAGCAGGCAGAGAUUUUGGACGAGCACCACGACUUCUCAGCUUUCCCAAUGAUGGAGGCCUUCGUCAAGGAAGCAGGUGAGGCGAAGAAGCUUCUCCUGAACUAG